UGUUGGCUUCUAUAAGGGACUCUCACACAAACAGCAACUGUUUGUUGCCUUUUCUUUUGCUUCUUGGCCUGAGGAGCUGUGCCAAGCACCCAUACCAAGUACAGAAGAUGUUCCUCCUCUUGCUAAUGUUGAGCUUGGGAUUGCAACUUCAUCAGAUAGCAGCCUUAUUCACAGUGUCGGUCCCUAAGGAACUGUACGCAGUAGACUACGGCGGCAAUGUGACGCUGGAGUGUGAUUUUGACACUGGAGGUCAUGUGGAACUUGAAGCAAUAAAAGCCAGUUUGCAAAAGGUGGAAAAUGAAACAUCCCCAAACAGUGAAAGAGCCACUUUGCUGGAGGAGCAGCUGCCCCUCGGGAAGGCCUUAUUCCACAUCCCCAGCGUCCAAGUGAGGGACGCAGGGCAGUACCGCUGCCUGAUCAUCUAUGGGUUGGCCUGGGACUACAAGUACCUGACUCUGAAAGUCAAAGCUUCCUACAAGAAUAUAAAUAUUCAUAGCCAAGAGAUCCCAGGGACAGGUGAGGUGGAGCUCUCCUGUCAGGCUAAAGGCUACCCUCUGGCAGAAGUGUUCUGGCCAAAUGUCAGUGUUCCUGCCAACACCAGCCAUACCAGAACACCUGAGGGCCUCUACCAAGUCACCAGUGUUCUGCGCCUAAAGUCACACCCUGGCAGAAACGUCAGCUGUGUGUUCUGGAACACUAAUGUGAAGGAACGUACAUCAGCCACUAUUGACUCUUUAGGUCAGAAGAAACCUAAAGAUGUUAAGCCUGUGCUGCUUCAUAUUGUCAUCCCUUCCUGCAUCAUUGCAUUAAUGUUCAUAGUCACAAUGAUAGCCCUAAAAAAACAGUUCUGCCUAAAGCUGUGUUCUAGAAAAGGAAUCUGAAUCACCUUAUCAGACACAACAGAAAGAUCUAAGUGAACAGAGCUGUGAAUCUGAACCUGUGGUCUCAGGAGCCGGGGUGACCUAAUGGAACAUUCACUGAGGCUUUUGGACUCUGAACAAGGAUCCACUGGUCUGCAGAGCUUUCCAUUUGCACUUUCUAAAUGCCUUUGGAUGAUCCAGCACUGUAAUCUGCAGCCUACAAGACUGGGCAGUACCUGGUGUGCUUUAUGGAAGUCAAGUGGCCCACUCUCACUGCUCUGGGCUCUCACUGCUCACUGCUCUCUGCAGCUGAGCAAGCACUACUAUACUUUAGAAACUGAUCCUAUAGGAACUUGGACCCAGUGAGGUGUCUUGAGGCUCUUCCCAUCUACCAGAAUGAAAGCAAAGAGCAUUCCUUUCCCCUAAGUUUCCAAAGUGAUUUCCAGAAGCAGAGAAGUGAGGAACUCUGUGGUUGCAGAAACAGACAGAAUGCCAGUAGGGCACAGGUCUAGAAAACAAGUUUAUAAAAAUUAUGCCAGAGCAUUAGAAGCAACCAGAGUAAAAAUAAGUGAAGAAUUCAAAAAUAAUAAAAGUCAGACUUCACCUAAGAAAACAGACGAGCUUAUGAAAAUAGAUUCUAAUGUUGAAUACCUUAUACAACACAGAAUACUGAUGUUGAGUGCCUUAUACAACACACAGACCACGAUACACUGGAACUGGUCCCUAAAAAAAGACCUUCUUAUAGAAAAUGUGUCAUAUUCCGGUAGACGAAUGGAAGAUAAUUGAAAACCCAGAAAUAAACCCCAAACAUAUAGCCAACUGAUUUUUUUUUUGAGAGGUU